CGGUGACGUCAUUUCGACCGCGUUGGAGCUGUUGCGAAAAUUAGUCUGACGUGGUUUUAGAAACAUUCGCGUUCAAACUGCUCCACUAAACACACUUCCAGCUGGACAGAGAGAAGAAAAGAGCGAGGAAAGUGAAAUAAAACGAUAAGAAGAAGAAGAAGAAGGCGUUGUUGUGCCUGCUGAUGUGGACUGGAGCUCGAGCAGGUUGUUGAUCUCUGAGGGCUGAAGCUGCUGUGCUAAAGCGCUAGCGGCGACUCCGGAUAGUUUCACUCCUCUAAUAACUGUUCGACUUUUACACUUUUUUAGUUGUUUUUGCGCUGUUUUAACAUGGGUUUGACCAUUUCAAGCGUCUUUUCUCGCUUGUUUGGGAAAAAGCAGAUGAGAAUUCUCAUGGUUGGUCUGGAUGCAGCUGGCAAAACCACAAUCCUGUACAAGCUUAAACUGGGAGAAAUAGUCACAACAAUUCCAACUAUAGGUUUUAACGUCGAGACGGUCGAAUACAAGAACAUCUGCUUCACCGUGUGGGAUGUGGGUGGUCAGGAUAAGAUCAGGCCUCUGUGGAGACACUACUUCCAGAACACCCAGGGUCUGAUCUUCGUUGUGGACAGUAACGAUCGCGAGCGAGCACAAGAAGCAGCAGAAGAGCUUCAGAAGAUGCUUCAGGAAGAUGAACUGAGAGAUGCCGUCCUGCUGGUUUUUGCUAAUAAACAAGAUUUACCAAACGCAAUGCCCAUCAGUGAGAUGACGGACAAACUUGGGUUGCAAGCACUCCGAAGCAAAACUUGGUAUGUCCAGGCGACCUGUGCGACUCAAGGGACUGGUUUAUACGAGGGAUUAGACUGGCUUUCCGAGCAGCUCUCCAAACGCUAAACUGCACUUCCUGUUCAAACAGGAUGUGUGCUUUCCCAAAGGACAUGAUCAGUGGAUUGAUCUGUCACAGAAGCUGUUCAUGUACCAUUUUCAAUGGAUUGUUACCAAAAAUUCACCUGAUGCGGAUGUCAAUCUUUGGCAGUGCAUUUUAACAUUUUAUUUUGAUUCGUUGCACCUUUGACCUUGACUGAUAUUUCUCCCAGAUUCAUUCCUCUUGAUGUAUGUAGCCAUAUAAUCUUAUAGAUUUGACCAAAAAUAUGAAAACUACUACUUUUGUUAAGGAGCUCUUGCAGUAGCCCUGGAUUUUUUGUUACAGUAAGUGUACUGCCGUACACACUAGACUUAACAUCUGUACUUAUACAUCAAGCAUUGUUAAUGAGAACUUUCCAAGAGAAGCAUGCAUUUCAUAAAUAAAAGAUUGUGCUUAUAAUAGCACACUUAAGAGAUUGGCAAUGCAUUGAUUUAAGCAUUAGUUUUAACAUGCAUAAGAUUAUAUUAGGAACUGGUCUGGCGUUGUAAAUAAGCAGCCUUUUUAUUAUGUAUGUAAUCACGAUUGCCUUAAACGCGCUGUGCUUUACUAUGUGAACGCACUUGCCUGACCUGCUUUUGAUUUCCCAUUUAAAUUGAGAAUAAACCUAUUCAGAAUAUUUAAGACAUAAUCAACUGUUUUUAUUCCAAGCUUUUGAAAAUAUUCAAUCAUUUAGCAGCUGUUCCCUUUUAAAAUGCACCAAAACAAUGAAUAAAAGUGUGAAAUGCA